GGGAUCAUUCACGGCUUUUCACGGCAGGCGGCGCUGCGGUUCCAUAAGUGGUUACUAAGUAAACAACAUGGCUUCCGGUGGAGGCGGUGAUUACAUAACCUGGUCUGUACCAGCCUUGAAGAAGGAAUUGUCGUUACGUGGGGCUGUUACAAGAGGGAGAAAGACAGAUCUGAUAGAAAGAUUGAAUGCAUAUGAUAGAAACAAAAACUUUCAAGAGGAACCAGUUAUCUUACCAGAACCAUUAGAUGUUGGAUGGCCUGUUUCUGGGUUUAGGCAGUUACUUGCUGAGCAUAAGAUGGUGCUGCCAAAAAUAACAAAGGAGCAGAUCGAUGCUUACUUUGUAUAUAGAUUGGCAGGUGACAAACAGUGUGCAGCAGAUAUCAAAGCACUCACAAAAGGCCAGUUGAUGUAUGACAGCAACAGAGUGCAAGCCUGUUCAAUCAACUUUAAAGACACCAACAUAUUUUUAAGUGGAAUAGUUGGAGCAGCCAUGAAACAAAAAGUUUCAUAUAACUAUAAAAUUAGGCUGGAUAAGAAAACAGGGGACCCACUCAAUUCCCAUUGUGAGUGUCCUGCCGGCAGAGGCCCUCAUGGCACAUGCAAACACUUAGCAGCUGUAUUCCUGAUGAUGGAAGACUUUGUAAACAAUGGGGCAUUAAAAGUGGAAAAAACCUGCACAGAUAACCUUCAGAUGUUUAACAAACCAAAGUCCACAUAUCAUGGUUCACCUAUUAAAGCUGAACAGCUACCAACCAAAAGAAAGCUGUGUGAUGAGUUUCUGAAUGAUCCUAGGCCCCUUAAGUAUCGAAAUGAUAACACCUUCAACGAUAGAGUCAGAAACCUUAUGUUGAAUUACUGCAGUCAAACAUCAAAAGAUCUCUCCAUUAGAUAUUUAUAUUCCAAAGCAGAUAUCCAGGCAGCAGCUAUUGAACAUAACUACAGUACCAUUCCAUUCACUGAACAUUGGGUUGAUCAUGCAGUUAAGGUUGAUGCAAAAAUGGCCCAAAAAAUAGAACAGAUGACAAGGGGGCAAAGUGUAAGUUCGGCUUGGUACCAAUCCAGAGAAUGGAGGCUAACUGCGUCCAGAUUUGGGGAAAUAUGCAAGGCAACCUGCAGAAGAAAUACAACCAAGCUGUGUGCAUCCUUAACUGGGAGGAACACGUUUGCAACCCAAGCCACGCUUCAUGGGAAAAAUUAUGAGAAGAAGGCUCUAAAUGCAUUCCAAUCAAAUUCAACACUACAAACCUCUACAUGUGGUUUGUUUGUAAGUGUUGAACAUCCAUAUUUAGGUGCAACACCUGAUGCCACUGUGGGUGAGAAUGGAUUGGUUGAAAUCAAGUGUCCUUUUAAUGGAAGAAAUGAAAAAAUAAAACCAGGGAAAUGUUUUCCAUUUUUGGAAUAUGAUGACAAUGGCAAUAUAGUGCUUAAACAAUCAAGCUACUAUUAUGUUCAAAUACAAGGACAAUUGUAUGUUUCUAAGAGGGAAUACUGCUAUUUUGUUGUUUACACAUUUUGUGAUCUUUUUGUUAAAAAAAUUGCCAUUGACAAUGCUUAUUGUGAGUCAUGUCUUAUACCAAAAUUAGAAGUGUUCUAUAAGAAGUUCUUCAGACCUUACAUUGCAUCACAAAUGUAGAACUGAAUGAUAUACAUUAAGGUGGUACCUAACACUACAGGGAGAUAACUCUGUAAUAUCAAAUAAAUGUUUUAUUCACGUCGUGUUGUUAAGGUAAUAUUAAGCUUCUCAUUUAUCAAAACUAGUCUUUGUCAAACUGCUAUGUAACCAGUGUAAAUUUUCUGACAAAAUGGUUGGUUAAAAUAUUUAGAUUUUUUUAUAUUUUUGUCAAAGGGUUAAAGUAAAUACUUUGUCAAAAUUUCAAGAAAAUUAAACGAGCGAAAUUAAUUUUAGUUAAAGUGUUGGGUACCACCUUAAAUUUUGCAUAUAUUUAAAUAUAUAUGUAUACAUUAGAAAAUCAUUCAAUUCACUUAAAGUCAUUGUUUGGAACAUUAAGGGCAUACAAUACAUGUACAGGGGAGGUAAUGAUGUUGCUGACGUAAAAUGUUAUUUUUGCGACGUCAAACUGUGACAUAUUGGGAAAAGAUGCAUUUUUCAACUGUUUUUUUUUAUCAUUCUACAUGUAAUUUAAAAGGAGUUCAUGAACCCCUAUUUUUAAAAACGACACUUUGUUUCAUUUUGCCGGGAGAUUAUGUGGACCAAAUUUUAUAAAACUGUCAAAAGUGCAUUUUUUUUAAUUUCGAUAAAUAUACAGCAAAAAAUGAUUUUUACCAUUUGAUAAUUAUAAGUUAUUUCUGAAGAAAAAAUGCAUAAAUUUUUAGAAUACUUGUAAAAUACAGAAAUUACAAAUUAUUUAUCAAAAAACAACUUGUAUUUAUAUUUUAAAACAAAAAAGUUAUGUCUUUCUUACGAAAGGAAAAAUAUGAACACAAAUCCUAAUUUUGAGCAAAUACACAAAAUUUCAACCUCAUAUAACUCAAAAAGUAGCAUAUGAAGGUAUAUUUUUUAUUUCAUAUUUAAUCAGGCAAAAAAUAGCCUAUAUGGAAAUUUUCAUCAAACUUAUAUUUAUAUACAUAUUCAAAACUGUAUAAUUUGCCCUUUAAGGAAAAUAUAUAUAAAGCUUCUUUGAAAUAACUUAUCAAAUCAAUAGGCCUCUUUGGGGGUACACACGUUAACAUCACAUUCAAAUUAUUGUAUAGUCAGUAGUACUUUAUUAUUUAAUUUGUUACCUUGGCAUCAGCAUUCAUAACUCAAUUUUUUAUGAAAUUCUCAAAAUUAGUUAAUUUUUCCCCAAAACAAAAGCUAACAAGAAUUUCAACCUAUAACAUGGGUUCUCUUAAUCUUAUAUUAUAAAAAAAUUCAUACCUCCCUGAAAUAUUUUGAAAAAAAAUAAAAUUUACUUAUGAGUAUUGUUUUGAAAUUAUUAGGUUUCUUUUCUUGUGAAUUGAAUGCUACAUGUAAAUAAUACAAAUGCUACAUAUAAUGAUAUUAGUGAUAAAUUUUCCCACCCUUUUUUUUAAAGUCAAAUAUCUAGACGAGGAGUUCCAUUAUUUGUGUUCUCACCUACAUGUAUCAAUAAAUGUAAUCAAAUUAAUUUGUUCAUUAUGUUAAAUGUUUUUCUGAUUGAAAUUAUCAUAAAUUCCAUUUUUAGGAAUUUCAACUGACUAUCCAUCCUUAGCAUGUUACUUUUCAUUCUAGCAUGUCAAUUAAUAUUAUUCUAUGUAUUUGGUAUUUAACAUUUAUUCUGAAAGAGUUUG